AUGAGUGAGCAGGAGACACAAGCUUGCACUCCUGAUCCAGUGAACGACAAGACACCAGGGAACACCAAGACCCCAAGACCUCAAGACCUUAAGGAACACCAAGACCUCAGGGAACACCAAGACCUCAGGGAACACCAUUACCUCAGGGAACACCAAGACCUCAGGGAACACCAAUACAUCAGGGAACACCAAGACCUCAGGGAACACCAAUACAUCAGGGAACACCAAGACCUCAGGGAACACCAAUACCUCAGGGAACACCAAGACCUAAGGGAACAUCAAGACCUCAAGGAACACCAAGAGUUCACGGAACACCCAAGACCUCACGGAACAUCAUCACCUUCAGUCACCCUCCACACUACUAACACAACAUCUGAAGUUCCCGAAAGAUAA